GGACAAUCAACUUGGCGCUGUAAUUGAUUGUUUUGUCUGUGUUGUUCUUAUACCUUCUCUUUGGACUCCCCCCUGAAAUCGGUCAAACUUUUGCGGAUUGCUUUACGAAUUCUAUGUUCAGCCAUCAGGGUUGGCAUUUGACACUUGACCAUUGUGUAGUGGGGAUCCAUUCCUGCGGUACUUACGCUACGAGCGUUUAAUUCAUUGGCCGUUCCUAGGCUACGAGAAUCGUCGUGAUGGCUUCAAACGAUGGCCUCCCAACUCCAUCACAUAUCCCUGGCGGUUGGAUAGAGACACCCGCAGGUACUAUUCGACAUGAAUCAUACAUGGGGUCACGACAACAAAACGAGGGCAAUUCAGCCACGCCAGGCGCCAUGGACACAAGGAAUACCGAGAGUACCUUCAUUUCCAACGCCUUACACACUAGCAGCCAAAGCUUCUAUGGAAAGGACAACCCGGGACCAUCAUUGGAAUCGAGCGACUCAACUGCAGUGCCAUCGCCUGGUCCGACAUCGCAGAAUGCAGCCCACGCCCAUGCCGGUCAAGGGCUCAAUGAAAACACAGAUUCGCAGCAUCCCAGUUCAACCAAUGGCUACCUCCAGACAGCGGCUUCAGGAGCGCCCAUGGAACAACGAGUUGUACUUGAAGACGACUCAUCCGACUCCGAACACGAAGGCUCAUCUGAAAAGCGUACACAUGAAGACAAGCGGCCUGGCCUACAAUCGAGAAACUCGAAACCAAUGACCGAAGAGGACCUCUUCCGCGUAUUAUCUCGACGAAAGACAGGCCAGAGCAAUGGGCUCAGCAAAACUAAUACCGGUGCGACCGGCCAUAGCGCAGAAGAAGAAGACGAAAUCAACAAAUUAAUGUCAAAAAUGUUUGGGCGUACAAGGCAAGAAGCGUCGGAAGAGGAGAAGACCAGACACCAGGGCGUAAUUUUCAAGCACUUGACAGUAAAGGGUAUGGGCAUCGGUGCUGCACUCCAACCAAGCGUCGGCUCCCUCUUCCUCGACCCCGUCCGCUUCGUCAAGAACCUCUUUACCAAAGGCCCACGGAAAGCUGCAGGAAAGCCACCAGUGCGAACACUCCUCGACGACUUUUCCGGCUGCAUACGGCCUGGAGAGAUGAUACUCGUCCUCGGACGCCCCGGUGCCGGUUGCUCAACCUUCCUCAAGAUAAUCGGCAACCAACGCUACGGCUUCGAAGACAUCACGGGAGAUGUAACAUACGGAGGCACAGAUGCAGAUGAGAUGAGCAAGAAGUAUCGCAGCGAGGUGCUGUAUAACCCGGAAGACGAUCUUCACUAUGCGACGCUGAAAGUUAAAGAUACGCUAAAGUUUGCGUUGAAGACUCGGACUCCGGGAAAGGAGUCAAGGAAAGAGGGGGAGACGAGGAAGGAUUAUGUGAACGAGUUUUUGAGGGUGGUGACGAAACUGUUUUGGAUUGAGCAUACGCUUGGGACGAAGGUGGGGAAUGAGCUCAUCCGUGGUGUAUCCGGCGGCGAGAAAAAACGCGUUUCCAUCGCCGAAGCCAUGGUUACAAAAGCCUCAGUCCAAUGCUGGGACAACAGCACCCGCGGCCUCGACGCAAGCACCGCCCUCGAAUACGUCCAGAGUCUCCGGUCACUUACCAACAUGGCUCAAGUCUCCACCGCCGUCGCCCUCUAUCAGGCGGGCGAGUCCCUCUACCAACUCUUCGACAAAGUAAUCCUCAUCCACGAAGGAAGAUGCUGCUACUUUGGCCCCACCGAAAAAGCAGAGUCGUACUUCAAAAACCUCGGGUUCGAAAAGCCGGAACGAUGGACUACUAGCGAUUUCCUGACCUCCGUCACUGAUGACCACGAGCGCCAGAUUAAAGAAGGCUGGGAAGACCGCAUCCCGCGUACGGGAGCCGCCUUUGGCGAAGCCUUCGCCGCCAGCGAGCAAGCCGCCGACAAUCUCGCUGAGAUCCAGGAGUUCGCAAGAGAAACGCAGCGUCAAGCUGAAGAAAGGCGCAACGCCCAGACCAAAGCGACCAAGAAGAAGAACUUUACGAUUUCCUUCCCUGCACAGGUGAUGGCGUGUACAAAGCGCCAGUUUCUCGUCAUGAUCGGUGAUCCACAGUCUCUCGUAGGCAAAUGGGGCGGAAUCCUGUUCCAAGCGCUAAUUGUCGGGUCGCUGUUUUACAACCUGCCCAACACAGCCCAAGGAGUUUUUCCGCGCGGUGGUGUCAUUUUCUUCAUGCUACUCUUCAAUGCGCUGCUCGCCUUGGCGGAACUCACAGCGGCGUUUGAAUCACGCCCGAUUCUGCUGAAGCACAAGAGUUUCUCGUUUUACAGACCCGCGGCGUAUGCGAUUGCGCAGACAGUCAUCGAUGUACCGCUUGUGCUGAUCCAAGUGGUGAUUUUCGAUAUCGUGGUGUAUUUCAUGGCGAAUCUUUCACGGACAGCGUCGCAGUUCUUCAUUUCGCUACUUUUCCUGUGGAUCAUUACGAUGACAAUGUAUGCGUUUUUCAGGGCUAUUGGCGCGUUGGUGGGGUCCUUGGAUGUCGCGACUCGCAUCACUGGUGUUGCGAUCCAGGCACUUGUGGUGUAUACGGGAUAUCUGAUACCGCCUGCGAAGAUGCAUCCGUGGUUCUCGUGGCUGCGCUGGAUAAAUCCUAUUCAGUAUGGGUUUGAAGGGUUGCUGGCGAACGAGUUUUACAACUUGGAUAUUCAAUGCGUUCCGCCGUUUAUCGCGCCGCAGGUUCCGGGUGCGGAAGAGCAGUAUCAGGCCUGCGCUAUCCAGGGUAACAGGCCCGGGUCGCUCACCGUGGCUGGCUCGGAUUACAUUGAGGCGGCGUUUGGGUACUCGCGGUCUCAUCUGUGGCGCAACUUUGGAUUCAUCUGCGCGUUCUUCAUUUUCUUUGUGGCACUCACUGCUUUGGGCAUGGAGAUGCAGAAGCCCAACAAAGGAGGUGGUGCAGUCACCAUUUACAAGCGUGGUCAGGUUCCAAAGACGAUUGAGAAAGAAAUGGAGACUAAGACAUUGCCCAAGGAUGAAGAAGCUGGAAAGGGCGAGCCGGUCACGGAAAAACACUCUGCGGACGGCAAUGACGAAUCCGAUGCAACUGCUAGAGGCGUCGCAAAGAACGAGACUAUUUUCACAUUCCAGGACAUCACCUACACGAUUCCGUACGAGAAGGGUGAGCGGACGUUGCUAAAGGGAGUCCAAGGCUAUGUCAAGCCCGGCAAGCUUACCGCGCUGAUGGGAGCGUCUGGCGCGGGAAAGACGACCUUGUUGAACACGCUUGCCCAACGGAUCAACUUUGGCGUUGUAGGCGGAGAUUUCCUUGUGGACGGUAAACCGCUUCCUGCCUCUUUCCAGCGUUCGACUGGCUUUGCAGAGCAGAUGGAUGUGCACGAAUCGACGGCGACAGUACGCGAGGCACUGCGCUUCUCUGCCAAACUGCGGCAACCGAAGGAGGUGCCGAUUGAGGAGAAAUAUGAGUAUGUUGAGAAGAUUAUUGAUCUACUCGAGAUGCGCGACAUUGCUGGUGCGGCUAUUGGUGUUACUGGAUCGGGGCUGAAUCAAGAGCAGAGGAAACGGUUGACGAUUGGUGUGGAACUUGCGAGCAAGCCUGAGCUGCUCAUGUUUCUCGAUGAACCCACGUCUGGCCUUGACUCUGGUGCUGCAUUCAACAUUGUCCGGUUCUUGCGUAAGCUUGCUGAUGCAGGACAAGCUAUUUUAUGCACAAUCCAUCAGCCGAGCGCUGUGCUGUUUGAGCACUUUGAUCAGCUUCUACUUCUCAAGUCAGGCGGUCGCACAGUUUACUUUGGUGAGCUGGGUCACGACUCGCAGAACCUCAUCAAGUACCUUGAAAGCAAUGGCGCGGACAAGUGUCCACCUCAUACAAACCCAGCUGAAUACAUGCUGGAAGCCAUUGGCGCAGGAAACCCCGACUACAAAGGCCAAGACUGGGGCGAUGUGUGGGAGCGGUCACGCGAGAACGAAAGUCUGACAAAGGAAAUCCAAGACAUCACUGCGAACCGGCGGAAUGCAUCGAAGAACGAAGAAGCGCGCGACGACCGGGAAUACGCAAUGCCAUAUACGCAGCAAUGGCUUACCGUUGUCAAGCGCAACUUUGUGGCCAUCUGGCGAGAUCCGCCCUACGUGCAAGGAAUGGUGAUGCUACACAUCAUCACCGGUCUCUUCAACGGCUUCACAUUUUGGAACCUCGGCCAAAGCCAAAUCGACAUGCAGUCGCGGCUAUUUUCGGUGUUCAUGACGCUGACGAUUGCGCCGCCGCUGAUUCAGCAGUUGCAGCCUCGGUUCAUCAAUAUUCGGGGCAUCUACAAUGCGCGAGAGGGCAGUGCUAAGAUUUACUCUUGGACGGCCAUGGUGUGGGGUACGAUACUGAGCGAGUUGCCGUAUCGUAUUGUUUCUGGAACGAUUUACUGGUGCUGUUGGUACUUUCCGCCUGGGUUCCCGCGAGAUACGUACACGGCUGCGAGUGUGUGGCUGUUUGUGAUGCUGUUUGAGGUAUUUUACCUUGGAUUCGGACAAGCGAUUGCGUCGUUUUCGCCAAACGAGUUGCUGGCAUCGCUGCUAGUGCCGCUGUUCUUCACCUUUAUUGUCUCUUUCUGCGGUGUUGUUGUUCCGUAUGCGGGACUGCCGUCGUUCUGGCAGAGCUGGAUGUACUGGCUGACGCCGUUCAAGUACCUCUUGGAGGGUUUCCUGGCACUGUUGGUACAAGGCCAAGAGAUCCGUUGCGCCACCAACGAGCUUGCUAUUUUCCCACCACCGCCUGGGCAGGAUUGUCAGAGCUAUGCUGGGCAAUUUGCGCAGCAAUCGGGCGGUUACGUUGAGACGCAGGCUAAUGGUGAUUGUGGCUUCUGUCAGUAUGCAACGGGAGAGGCGUUUGCUGCGUCAUUUAAUGUUUUCCCACGGUAUAUUUGGCGAGACUUUGGCAUUAUGUGGGCAUACAUCUUCUUCAACUUUGCAGUCGUGUUUGUGUGUACAUGGCUGUAUCUUGGGGGUCUGCGGCAGAUAAAGGACAAGUUUAGCGCAUCUGCACGCAAGCAGAAGAAGGAAUCACGGCGGGAGAAGGCGAGGACGGAAAAGGGAGAGGUCGCAUGAGGGUGAAAGGGUAGCAGCGGCGUAUGGCUGAGUGUCGUGUGUCGUGUGUGUGGUUGUUGUUUGAGUGGGACCUCGGGAAAAGUCGUAGCGCACCCGCGGCCGGAACGUGCAAGGCUGGGCCUGCUAGGCGUUGCUGGGUAUGCAUUUUCCCCGCAAAACACUUUGUGGGCUUCUAGAGCAGGCCACGGCUCAGUGCACUCCAUCACGCGCCGUACCUGUUAGUCAUGAAUAGCAUUCCAAUACUGCA